AGCCUGGAUGAUUCACUUUGAUACCAUUUUCAUCCCGCUUUUCAUCGCCUUCUCUCCCCGCCAGCCAACCCACCGCUCCAGACGCCGCUCCGAGCCUCGGGAAAAUCGGACAGGACGGGAACGCGACCUCCCCUUCCUUUGCCUGCAGAUGACCUUGAGCGUCCGAGACGGAUGUGAGAGCCCCUCUCUCGUCCCGACGCGAAAACAACCGUCUAAACAUAACAGAUGACAUCAGCUCGGGCUUUUCAAUUCCUGGAUGGCAGCGGAGCGCUGAUGCGACCUCCAUCCUGGAUUUUAUAAACCCCAACGAGAGGGAGAGGCUGGCAGGGCUGCCGGAUUUCGGAAACGGAUGACAGCGGGGCAUGGGGGCACAGAGCUCGUAAACUCGUCGGCUGACUCAGCCCGCCACUCUGGAUUCUCCGGCUCCUCUUUCCUUCGGGGGAGACCGCCGGGACUGAAAGUCGAGCCUCCCGCCUGGAAGCGAGCCGGGCCCGAGGAGACAUGAACGGCGUCUUGCUGCUGACCACGUUCCUGGUACCCGUGCAUCUGGGGGUAGGCCGGAGGGCCAACUAUGCCGUGGACUGCCCCGAGAACUGCAGCCGCAAAGAGUGCACGGGCCCCCAGCGUUGUAAGAAGACGGUCCUCGACGACUGUGGGUGCUGUAGGAUCUGUGCGGCCGGGCCGGGGGAGACCUGCUAUCGCACCGUCUCGGGCCUGGACGGGGCCAAGUGUGGGCCGGGACUGAGGUGUCACUUCCACGAGGAGGAGGACGACUUCGGAGACGAGUUCGGCACCUGCAGAGAGUGUCCUUUCGGUAGCUACGGAAUGGAAUGCAGAGAAAUCUGCAAGUGCAAGUCUGGUCUCUGUGACAAGGUGACGGGCAAGUGUUUCACAUUCUUUGAGGAAACUUCCAAAAGGAGGAAACCCCCUUCUCAAACCGAGCACGACAUGGCGUCCGGCGACGGGAAUCCCGUCAAAGAGAAGCACGCGCGCGAGAAAGUCGCUCGUCCUCCCGGCCUGAAAUGGCUAAAUCCACGCUGACAUCGGCUUGCUUCUGGGAUUUCUGAAAGUGCUUGACGCAGGUGCUCACCGAGAGAUCCAAGUAGAUGUUUAGCAUAGGAAAUGUAAUAUCUGGAGAUCAAUUGGGAUUCCGUGCAGCUUCAGAAAAAAAAAGGUCAUCCAACUUUCAGAAAUACCCCGUAAAUCUCCCGGACGGAACACUUUUAGAUGAUUUGUUCUGGUGAUGAUUUGAACGCAAAUUCUAUUUGAUAGUUAUUUGAACACCGAGGCUUUUCUAGUUGCUUUAAAGUUAUGGAAAAAACUAAGGAGGACAAAGGAAAAUCCAGAAACGUUCAAGGGCUGACUUGCCAGGCAUAGGGAGGGUCUCCCCUGAAAAAGCUGUCACCCCUAGUCGGCCCUUGCGGCUGCCGCAGAGGAGACAGAAGUCCUCCAAGUCCCUGGGCCGAGGGGUUGCUAUUUGCACCAUCCUGCCUCGUGACCUCGGUGCCCUAGUUCUUCCUUGGGGUCAAUGCAAUAGGAGCCAGAUGUGAUCUUCCACAUUGGGAAAUGCAAAAAAACCAACAACCAACCACCAAAAAACACGAAACCAAGUAGAACCACUUGUGGUUUGAUUGGGGGAGGUGAUAAGGGGGUCAAGAGUAUUGUUAAUACAAAGUUAUUGCUCAGAAACUAUUAACAGCAGAGAGUGGGUCAAGAAAGGUCUCUGUUUCCACCUUACAGGCGGCGAUAAAAACCCGUGCGGCCGACUUGAGGGGACGGAGGGAAAUAUUUAUAUAUUUUUAUAAACUACACAUUCCUAGGAUCCUCUCCGUCCACUCCUAUUAUCGUUUCUUUUCGAGUAGGCGCGUCCAGAUCUGGGGCGAGCGCACGAAGCGUGGUUCUGGUGAGGCAGGGGUGGCUUUUUGGCUUGACUGUAAUAAUAAUAGUAAUAAUAAUAAUAUUCGCAUUCUGACAAUAAUAAACAAAAGGGUUCAGCCGGGGGAUGAUUUGGGAAGGUCUAAAACGCGCGAGGGAAACUUGCAUUUUUUUUUUCAGAGGACAAAUAGACUUUGCAACUCUAAAAUGGCCAACCGAUUUGGUGAAGUUGUGAAAUAAAGGGAAAUCUUAAACCGGCAACUGAUGUGCCUGCUACUAGACUCUGGAAUUCCUACGGUUGUUUUAUCAAAAUUGGGCACGUCCCCCAAAAUGCCAACACCAAUAGGACCAUUGUUAUAGAUGUUGUUGAGUGACCUAUAAAGAAAUACUUUAUUUGAAUUUAAGGACUUAUUUAAGAAUCAUUUCUGUAUUUACCUACAUUUUAUUCUCUAAAUUUGCACCAGCAGGGUGGAUGACAAGGUGGGAUCUUUGAAUGUAAGAAUGUAAGAUUUCAUAAGCUGCUUUUUUUUUUUUUAAAGACAGUACACGUUUAUGAUGGUUCAAUAAAA